AUGGAAAACAUCAAGCACAGUUAUGUGGAGGUGAAGGGACUAAAGCUUCAUGUAGCUGAAAUUGGAUCUGGUGAAAAGGUUGUUGUUUUCUUACAUGGAUUUCCAGAAAUAUGGUAUACAUGGAGAAACCAAAUGAUUGCUGUUGCAAAUGCUGGAUAUCGGGCUAUUGCCUUUGAUUUUAGAGGCUAUGGACUUUCUGAUCAUCCACAAGAGCCAGAAAAAGCAUCUUCAUUGGACCUUGUUCAUGAAGUCAAGGAUCUUUUAGAUUCAUUGGAAAUCAACAAGGCUUUCAUUAUUGGUCAGGACUUUGGUGCCAUCAUAGCAUAUCUUGUAGCAGUUGUCUAUCCGGAAAAAGUAGCUUCUGUCAUAACUUUAGGCAUUCCUUUCAUCAAUCCUGGUGCUUCUGCUGUCAAAAACGAUCUUCUCCCAAAAGGCUUUUACAUUACUAGGUGGCAGGAGCCUGGAAGGGCAGAGGCAGAUUUUGGCCGAUUCGAUGUUAAGUCGGUUAUAAGGAACAUCUAUAUUCUGUUCUCUAAAAGUGAGGUGCCAGUAGCAGGUGAUGAUCAAGAAAUCAUGGACUUGUUUAACCCAUCAACUCCUCUCCCGCCGUGGUUCUCUGAGGAAGACUUGAACGUUUACGCAUCUUUAUACGAAAAAUCUGGCUUCAGAUUUGCCUUGCAGGUUCCAUACAGAUCUCUGACAGUGGAAAGUGGCCUAGUUGACCCUAAAGUCAAUGUCCCUGCAUUGCUGGUAAUGGGUGAGGAAGACUAUUGCUUCAAGUUUCCUGGCAUGGAAGAGUACAUCCGAAGUGGGGUGGUGAAACAUUUUGUGCCGGAUUUGGAAAUCACAUAUGUUCCAGAAGGAAGGCAUUUUUUGGGUGAACAAUUCCCAGAGAAAGUGAACAAGCUCAUCAUUGAGUUCCUGGACAAACAAAGCAUCUGA